AUGCUCGAGUGUGCGACUUGCGGGUCUACAUUCAAUUCCCAGCGUGCCCUCGGGGCUCAUAAAUCGACGUGUCAGAAGCCAAAAGAAAAGGUUAAUUGCCAGUAUUGUAACUUGCCCUUUAACACACGCGGUAUCGGAGCACACCAAACUUCUUGCCGACGAAAGCAUGAGAAUGACUUGAGUGACAAGGCUUAUGAAAAGAAGUUGAGGAAGCAAGAGAAGAGGAGUGAACGGGAUGGGCUUAUUUUGCGUGGGAGAGAGACAAUCAUGCAAACAAGUCAUCAACUAUUGGAUAUUGAAGCUCUGAAUCAGCCAGACGAAAGCUCAGGAUCUAGAUCAGUCAUGGUCACAGGCAUUGACAGUGAACCUGCUCCUAUAGAAAUUGAAGAUAGUCCUCCUUUAUUUAGCACAGUUGGCAACCCAGAGCCUUACCAGGAUGAUGAGCCUAGCUAUGAAAUUGAUGAUAUCAAGACUGAAUACCAUCCUCACAGUGGCCGAUCAACCCAAAUCGAUCAUUUUGAAGAGUAUGGCCUUUCUUCACCCAAGGAACCACUUCCGUUCCAUAAAUAUGGAAAGCCCUGGUACCCUUUUACAACCAGAAAAGAUUUUGAAUUUGCAGAGAUCAUCCUCAAAUCACAGAUGAAGGAGGAGGAUGUUAAUGGAUUGCUUCGAAUUUUUCAAGACUGCCGUUCACCUGAUGCACUAUUUACACUGAAAAGCCACCAAAACAUCAAAGAAAUAUGGAAAGAGGCUUCUCAUAUGAUGACUCCAAGGAUAUUAUCACAGCAAAGUAUCGGACAACUGACAACCACUUCAAAUUCUAUCACUGAAACCUCUGGGAUUGGGCAUUGGAUCUGGCAGGCAACCCCCAGCUUGCUCCACACUUUGAGUGGGAUGCACAGCGGCUAUAUAAACAGGUGGUGGAAGAUUCAAUCACGUCUUCCUCCAGAUGGAAAACCAUUUUGCAUCAUCCUUUAUGCAGAUAAAGCAAAACUAUCAUCAUUUGGUACAGAAAAGGCUUAUCCAGUGAUAGCGAGAUGUGCCAAUCUACCUGACUGGAUUCGAAAUGGAGAAGGUAUUGGAGGUGGUCGUGUAGUGGGGUGGCAGCCAAUUGUCCUAGAAGAUGAGACUGAGAAAGGAAAAAAAGCCUAUGUUGAUUUCAAAACAGUUGUCUGGCAUGAAUCUUUCCGGAAACUCCUUGAAUCUAUUCGUGACCAUUCAAAACUUGGAUUCUGGUUCAAGUGUGGUGACGACAUUAUCCGCAGACUUUUCGCCUUGAUUUUGAUUCUUUCAGCAGACUAUGAGGAACAGUGUGUGAUGGCUCUGAUUCGGGGCAAGAUGGGCUUAUGCCCUUGUCCUGUUUGCCUUGUGCCAUUUGACAAGCUUUCUGAUGCUUCUACAAAGUAUCCUCUUCGGACAGCAGAGGAAAGUAAAGCAACAGUUGAUCAAGCAAAUGAAUGUAGGAGAAAGGAUGAUGCUGAAGAAAUCUUGAAGAAAAAAGGGUUGCGAGGUGUACAAAAUUCUUUCUGGGAUAUUGAGAAUUCAGACCCACAUCAUGCACUCUCAUUUGAUCGAAUGCAUAACAAUUCACAUGGACUGGGGGGAAGGCACAUCCUCAAAGUUAUCAGAGAGGAUUACUUGCAAUCACACCGUUCACUAGCUAGCCAAGCUGACUCACAAAUGAAUGCACUUCCUCGCUGGCGCAAUUUGAUCCAUUUUAGCCAAUUUACAUCUGUAAAUUUUACAGAUGCAACGAAAUUUGAGGAUAUCAUGAAGAUGCUUCCCUUUGUGGCACACAAUAUUCUAACAGAAUCUGCAAGUCCAGAAGGAUUUCGUUUGCUGAAAUGUGCACGUGCUUAUCUGAAUGUGGAUAUGUAUGCUGCUCUUGAAGUUCAAACCUCUGAAACAAUUGCUGCGGGGAGGAGAGAGGUAGCAUAUUUUUCUAAAGUAUUGAAGGAAUAUGAAGAGUCUAGAGCACCACCAAAGGGUGGAAAAAGUUUGAAGAACUGGAGUUUCCCCAAGCGACAUGCCCUUGAGCAUAUCUUUGAUGAUAUUGAAGAAAAAGGUGCCACAAAAAAUACAAGUACCAAGCCAAAUGAAAAAAUGCAUGGCCCACUGCGAGAAAUCUAUCUCCGUCAAACCAAUUUCAAGGAUGUUGUUCCCCAGAUUCUAACCUUUGAUCAUUGGCGUCUCAUUUCACUUUGCAUUCGAGAGCGCAUUGAUGUCUAUGAUGCCUCACAUGCUACCUCUAAGACAUCACAGGAGGAAGAAUCUGAGGAAGAAGUACAUAUCAAUCCAUAUAAAAACGGUAAACUGAAGAUUGGAGCAAAACAACCCCCAGAAACAAUCCACAACAUUGAGAUGCAACUCAAGGACACAGAUGUUGCAUUCAAAGACUUUCGGAAAAAGUUAAUUCCUUUCCUCAAUCAAUUCUGUGUUGUCCACAAUAUUCCACGUUGA